UACAUCCUUGUGUGUCCCUCUGUUUUGUGAAGAUGAAGAAAAUGAUUGCAUGUUUCCUUCUGCUAUUUGCACACACUCUGCUUUCCACUGUCAUGGCAAAAGAUCUCCCUGGAAGACAUUUCACCCAAAGAAGAGAUGUUAACACACAGUCUCUACUGCAAAACGCUUGCAACAGCAAACGUCUGGACCUUGUUUUCAUCAUUGACAGCUCUCGCAGUGUGCGCCAUUACGACUUUGAGAAAGUGAAGGAGUUCAUUUUGACCAUCUUGCAGUUUCUGGACAUCAGCCCUGAUGCCACGCGCGUGGGUCUGAUCCAGUACGGCAGCACCGUCAAGCAGGAGUUUUCCCUGAAGACCUUCAGGCGGAAGCAGGAUAUCGAGAGAGCAGUGAGGAGGAUGAUGCACCUGGCCACCGGCACCAUGACUGGGCUGGCUCUGCAGUAUGCAGUGAACAUUGCAUUUUCAGAGACAGAGGGGGCUCGGCCUCUGAGGCAGAAUGUGCCCCGAAUUAUCAUGAUAGUGACAGAUGGGAGACCUCAGGAUCCUGUGGCAGAGAUUGCUGCUAAAGCACGUAACUCAGGAAUCCUAAUUUUUGCUAUUGGAGUGGGAAGAGUGGAUUUGAACACUCUGAAGUCCAUUGGGAGUGAACCACAUGAAGAGCAUGUGUUUCUGGUUGCUAAUUUCAGUCAGAUUGAAACACUGACCUCUGCCUUCCAGACUAAACUUUGUGUGCCUCAUAUGUGCAGUGAAGUUGAGCAUCACUGUGAUCACUAUUGCAUAAACACCCCUGGCUCCUACCAGUGCAGAUGUAAACAAGGAUAUAUUCUGAAUGCUGACCAGAAGACUUGCAGCACUCAGGACCUUUGUGCCGUGGAGAAACAUGCCUGUGAGCAGAUUUGUGUGAACACACCUGGGUCCUACGUCUGUCAGUGUUAUGAAGGGUAUGAGCUUGGUGCAAAUGGAAAGAGUUGUGUUGUUGUAGACUACUGUGCUUUGGAUAACCAUGGUUGUCAACAUGAAUGUGUUAACACUGAGGACUCCUAUUACUGUACAUGCCACCCAGGGUUCAUUUUAAAUCCAGACAAAAGAACUUGUGGAAAACCAGACUACUGUUCUCUUCAGGACCAUGGUUGUGAACAGGAAUGUGUUAAUACAGAUGAUUCCUAUUUUUGUCGAUGCCUAGAAGGGUUUACACUUAAUCCAGAUAAGAAAACAUGCAAAAGAGUGGACCACUGUGUUGAAAGCAAUCACGGCUGCGAGCAACUCUGCCUAAAUACAGGUGAUUCCUAUGUCUGCCAGUGCUCUGAAGGAUUUGUCAUCAAUGAGGACCUAAAAACCUGCACACGAAUUGAUUAUUGUGCUCUGAGUGAUCAUGGCUGUGAACACUUGUGUGUAAAUGGUGACAGAUCUUAUACUUGUCAGUGUUUUGAAGGAUUCAGGCUUCGUAAUGAUGGGAAAACAUGUAAACGUAAAAAUGUCUGCAAAUCAGUCAACCAUGGCUGUGAGCAUGUUUGUGUUAAUGCUGACAAUUCCUACAUCUGCAAGUGCCGUGAGGGAUUUGAACUGAGAGAAGAUGGCAAGACCUGCAGAAGACAGGACAUCUGCAAAUCAAUCAGCCAUGGCUGUGAGCAUAUUUGUGUUAAUGAAGAUGACUCCUAUGUUUGCAAGUGUCAUGAGGGUUUUCUGCUGAGAGAAGAUGGGAAAACAUGCAGAAAUAAAGAUGUUUGCAAUUCUGUUGACCAUGGCUGUGAACAUGUUUGUGUUAAUGCUGAUGAGUCCUACAUCUGCCAGUGUUAUGAGGGAUUUGCACUAAGGGAAGAUGGAAGAACAUGUAGAAAUAAAGAUGUUUGCAAUUCUGUUGACCAUGGCUGUGAACAUGUUUGUGUUAAUGCUGAUGAGUCCUACAUCUGCCAGUGUUAUGAGGGGUUUGCACUAAGGGAAGAUGGAAAAACCUGUAGAAAUAAAGAUGUUUGCAAUUCUGUUGACCAUGGCUGUGAACAUAUUUGUGUGAAUACUGAUAGUUCAUACCUUUGCCAGUGCUACGAGGGUUUUGUAUUGAGGGAUGAUAAGAAAACGUGUAAAAAUGAAGACAUCUGCAAAUCAGUCAGUCAUGGCUGUGAACAUCUUUGUGUUAAUAAUGAUGAUUCAUACACUUGCCAAUGCCAUGAUGGAUUUGUAUUAAGGCAAGAUGGGAAGACAUGCCGAAGCAAGGAUAUUUGCAAAUCAGUCAACCAUGGCUGUGAACAUGUGUGUGCUAGUGCUGGUGAUUCAUUUGUUUGUAAGUGCCAGGAGGGAUUCCUGCUAAGAGAAGAUGGAAAAACUUGCAGAAAUAAGGAUCUUUGCAAAUCAGUCAACCAUGGCUGUGAACAUGUUUGUGUUAAUUCUGGUGAUUCAUAUACCUGCAAAUGCCAUGAUGGGUUCCUACUGAGAGAAGAUGGGAAAACCUGCAGAAACAAGGACAUUUGCAACUCAGUUGACCAUGGCUGUGAACAAGUUUGUGUGAAUACUGAAAAUUCCUACAUCUGCCAGUGUCAUGAAAAAUUCAUACUGAAGGAGGAUGGAAAGACAUGUAGAUAUAAAGAUGUUUGCAACUCAGUUGACCAUGGCUGUGAACAUAUUUGUCUUAAUACUGAUGAUUCCUAUGUCUGCAAGUGUCAUGAAGACUUCAUACUGAGGGAAGAUGGAAAAACUUGCAGGAGUAAAAAUGUCUGCAAAACAGUCACCCAUGGUUGUGAACAUGUCUGUGUUCCAACUGGAGAUUCUUACAUGUGUCAGUGUCACAAGGGAUUUAUAUUGAGGCGAGACAGGAAAACAUGCAGGAAUAAAGACCUGUGUAAAUCCAUUGACCAUGGCUGUGAACAUGUGUGCAUUAAUAGUAACACCUCAUACAGCUGUCAGUGCCAUGAGGGCUUUGUCCUCCGACAAGAUGGGAAAACAUGUCGAAGUAAAGAUGUCUGUAAAUCAGUUGACCAUGGUUGUGAAUAUGCUUGUAUUAAUAACGAUGAUUCCUAUAUCUGCAAAUGCCAGGAGGGAUAUGUACUAAAAGAGGAUCAGAAAACAUGCAGAAGAUGCACUGAAGGCCCAAUUGACCUGGUGUUUGUGAUUGAUGGAUCAAAAAGUCUUGGAGAGGAUAAUUUUGAAAUUGUAAAGCAGUUUGUCUCAGGAAUCUUGGAUACACUUGAGAUUUCACCCAAAGCUGCUCGAGUUGGUUUGCUUCAAUAUUCCACUGAGGUUCGUACAGAGUUUACAUUAAGGCAGUUCAGCUCAGCCAAAGACAUGAAGAAAGCUGUGUCACAAAUGAAAUACAUGGGCCGAGGUUCCAUGACAGGACUGGCACUGAGGCAAAUGUCUGAGAGAAGCUUCACAGAGACAGAAGGAGCAAGACCUUUCUCAGCAAAUGUCCCUCGAAUCUCCAUUGUGUUUACGGAUGGACGAGCCCAGGAUGAAGUCUCCGAGUGGGCCACCAGAGCAAAGCAACGUGGUAUUAUCAUCUAUGCCAUUGGAAUAGGAAAAGCAAUUGAGGAAGAACUGCUGGAAAUUGCUUCUGAGCCAUCAUAUAAACAUCUCUUCUAUGCUGAGGAUUUCACAGCUCUGGAGGACAUAAGUGAAGAGCUAAGAGCCCAAAUCUGUGAAGCAUUGAAAGAGUCACCUCACCAGCAGGAUGCAUCAUCUGGGAGGCUUCAUAAGACUGGUCCACAGCCUUCAGGACCUGAAUCAACCACAAUAGCCAUCACAGAUGUCAUUGACUGUCCACAUCUUGCAGUACACCACAAGUAUCUUUUUGAAGACAGUCACAUUCACUCAACAACAGCAAAAGCCUCAAAAGAUAAUGACCAGUGCAAAUGUGAAAACCUUGUGACAUUCCAGAACUAUGCAACCAGUGAAGUAAGAAAACUCACCCAGCGAUUGGAAGAAAUGACAAAAAGAAUGGAAGACUUGGAAAACAGGCUAAAAUACUGAUCGGAAUUUUAAGUGUAUGCUACACUGUGUAUUUAUACAUACAAACUUGUCAGAGCUAUUUUCUUAAACUGGUUCAAAGUAAAAUAACAUCUUUGUGUCUGAAGUUGAAGAGUAUUUUGGAUCCUUGCAUUUAUAUGCCAUGUGUUGUCUUGCAUUGAUUGCAGAUAAAAAAAUGUUGAAAAUUUUAUAAAAACAAUUUAGUAACUAGCAAAAGUUCUA